AUCACGAGGCAAAGAUUUCAUCCUAAUCAAGAUGGCGGGUUUCGGGGGAUGCUCGAGACUAGUGCUUCAAUUUGCUAGACAACCAUCUGUAAGAUUACCUUUAGCUAGACGGGUUUUGCCGAUAGUGUCUUCAAGCAGAAAUGAUGGAAUAUUUACAAAAUACAGAGAGCCUCCAAAUGGCUUCCUAUUCAACGAGAAGCCUUUGAAACCUGGAGAAAAACGAAAAUGGGAAGAUUGGGAGGCGGUCUGGUACCUUGGCUGGGGUGUCAGUAUAUUCUUAGUGGCAAUUACUAUUAUGUUCAAGCCAAAAUCUGAAUAUUUGGAGGAUGUAAAGAAAGAGGCAUUGCAAAGGAUAGCAGAACUAGAUGCAGCUGAAAGUGCCAUUGCAGAUGGAGAUGAGUGAAUGAAUUUGUUGAAGUCAAGAAUUUUGAACUCAUUUGCUGCUUGUUUAUAAUGACAGAGUGUACAUGAAUUUGUUUAGUUUCAUUCAAAGAUAAAAUUGGUUUUAUCAAAAAAGUAUCUGUUUAAAA